AUGUCCGCCGGCAACGCAAGACACGCGCGCCCCGCGACCCACGACGACAUCCCUGCGAUUUGGGAAAUCGACUCUUCAGCCACCAGCAAGUUCGGCAGCAUCCCAACUCUGGCAGAUCUGGCCGACCCCGCGGAAAGUGAUCAGAAAUUCCAGGAGUACCUUGGAAAUGGCCGGGUCUACGUCGUUGAAGAAGCCGGGCAGUUGAUGGGCUACGUUGCGGUGUGCUCUGCGGACGACGCGGUAUUCAUAGAGGAAAUUGCCGUCCAUGCGGAUCACCAAAGGAAAGGCGUUGGAGAGAUGCUUUUGGGUGCGGUUCUGAGGGAUGCAGAACGUGCUGCUAAGAGUGGAGGGCGCAAGGUCGCGCGCAUUUCUUUGACGACUUAUGCUGAUGUACCUUGGAAUGGCCCGUGGUACAAGAAGCAUGGUUUCAGUGAGGUUGAGGCCAAAACUAUUGGGCCGUGGCAUGCAGAGAAAUCAACAUCCGAAGAAGAACGAUCGCUAGACCGUGCUGGCUACCGCCGCAUCUGCAUGCUCUUGGAAAAGACACUGGAAUGA